GUCUCCAUUGGGAACUAGAACAUGGUAGAAUCUUCUGUUGAAGCAACAAGUUUAUAAACAAUGCUUUAGCAUGACAAGAUUGUCCAAAAAUCAGGAGGUUUGGAAUUCUUUCUACUUUAUUGGACAGAGUUUCCAAGGGCUCAAAAAUGGAUAAAUCCUUUUUAAUAUCUCCUAUAAAAAUGGCAGCUGUUCAGUGACAUUGACAGCAGUAAUUUAAGUGCAAACCAAAUAUGGGAAAAGAUUAUUAUAAAACAUUAGGAAUCGCUAAAGGGGCCAGCGAUGAUGACAUCAAAAAGGCGUAUAGAAAGCUGGCGCUAAAAUACCAUCCUGACAAGAAUAAAACAGCUGGAGCCGAGGAAAAAUUCAAGGAAGUGGCGGAGGCCUAUGAAGUUUUAUCUGAUAAGAAAAAACGGGAUAUCUACGAUAUGCAUGGAGAAGAAGGGCUGAAAGGAAGUCCAGGUGGAGGAGGUGGUGGAUCUGGAGCCCCUGGAAACUUCUCUUACACAUACCAUGGCGAUCCAAGGGCUACAUUUGCUCAAUUCUUUGGCAACUCGACACCAUUCUCAGCCUUUUUUGAUUUUGGUAAUAAUGGGCGAAUGUUUGCAAUGCAUGACGAUGAUAUGGAUGUUGAUGAUCCAUUUGCGUCCUUGGGUGGCGGCCCACCAAGAGGAGGCCCUGGAGGAGCCUUCAGAAGUCACUCUUUCAAUUUCCAAAGUCCCAAUAGAAACAAGGAUAAGAUCCAAGAUGCAGCCAUUGAACACGACUUAUAUGUAAGCCUAGAGGACAUCACCAAGGGGUGUACAAAAAAGAUGAAAAUAAGCAGAAAAGUAUUACAACCUGAUGGGACUACAAAAAAGGAAGACAAAGUCUUGACUAUCAAUGUCAAGCCAGGGUGGAAAGCUGGAACAAAAAUCACAUUCCAACGUGAAGGCGAUCAAGGAAGAAAUAAGAUCCCUGCUGAUAUUGUUUUCAUCAUCAGGGACAAGGCUCAUCCACUUUUCAAGCGUGAGGGCAGUGACAUCAGAUAUACAGCUAAAAUCUCACUCAAACAGGCCUUGUGUGGGUGUACAAUUGAAGUACCAACAAUGUCUGCUAAACUGAUUCCUCUUCACUAUACUACCGAAGUAAUAAAACCAAAUACAGUAAGGCGUAUUCAAGGAUAUGGUUUACCACUGCCAAAAGAACCAUCACGUAGGGGUGAUUUGAUAGUAAACUUUGACAUUAAAUUUCCAGAAAAUCUCUCUCAAUCUGUCAAAGAUAUUUUGUAUGAUACUUUACCAAAUUAAUCAAGGCUUAACUUAAAUUACAGAAGGGAUUGUGUUGUACGUUUUAGUACAAUAAAUGAGAGUUGUUGACUUUAAAACUGUUUGCUUUAACUUCCCUAGUUUAUAAUUUUUUAGUAAUAAGUUUUAUAAUUUAUAAAAAGGAGAAUGUUCCAUAUUUAUGUUAAAGGUGUUUAUAAUUUGUUUUUUUUUUUGUAAAUAUUUGCUGUUACUAUAAUUGACCAGGAAGAAUUUUGUUACAUAAUGUAAAAAUAAUGUAUUUUAGUAAUAAACUACUUUUUUUUUUUAACUAUAUUGUCCAUGAUUUUCAAUGUAUUCUUCAAAAUAUGAUGCUUUUCAUUAACCAAACCAGUUUGCUCUAUAAAUAUACUUUAAAUUAAUCUUAUGAAAAGCUUCAUUAAUAAAUUAAUUAGUGAUUAACUUAAAACAUGUACUAAAAUUGGCAACAAAUUGAUGAUGCAUCACUUGUUGAGUCUGAGAUAUUUUUUAAAUAAACUGUUUUAAGCAGGCUGAGGCAAUAGUUUU